AUGCCAGCCAAGAAGAGUAUGGUGUCAGGUCAAGUAUGGUGUCAGGACAAGUAUGGUGUCAACUUUGAGCCCUUAAACAUGCACACAAGGUGUUCCCCAGCAGGAGGAAGAGGGGCCAAGGACACGAGGCCAGCAGGAGGAAGAGGGGCCAAGGACACGAGGCCAGCAGGAGGAAGAGGGGCCAGGACACGAGGCGGAGGAGGAAGAGGGGCCAGGACACGAGGCCAGCAGGAGGAAGAGGGGCCAAGGACACGAGGCCAGCAGGAGGAAGAGGGGCCAAGGACACGAGGCCAGCAGGAGGAAGAGGGGCCAAGGACACGAGGCCAGCAGGAGGAAGGACCAAGGACACGAGGCCAGCAGGAGGAAGAGGGACCAAGGACACGAGGCCAGCAGGAGGAGGAAGGCAAAGAGGCCAGCAGGAGGAAGAGGCCAACACGAGGCCAGCAGGAGGAAGAGGGACCAAGGACACGAGGCCAGCAGGAGGAAGAGGGGCCAAGGACGAGGCCAGAGGAGGAAGGGCCAAGGACACGAGGCCAGCAGGAGGAAGAGGGGCCAAGGACACGAGGCCAGCAGGAGGAGGAAGGGGCAAGGACACGAGGCCAGCAGGGAGGAAGAGGCCAAGGACACGAGGCCAGCAGGAGGAAGAGGGCAGCGACGAGGCCAGCAGGAGGAAGAGGGGCCAAGGACACGAAGCCAGCAGGAGAAGAGGGCCACACAGGCCAGCAGGAGGAAGAGGGGCCAAGGACACGAGGCCAGCAGGAGGAAGAGGGGCCAAGGACACGAGGCCAGCAGGAGGAAGAGGGGCCAACGAGGCCAGCAGGAGAAGAGCCAGGACAGAGGGAAGGAAAAGAGGCCAAGGACACGAGGCCAGCAGGGAGGAAAAGGGGCCAAGGACACGAGGCCAGGAGGAAGAGGGGCCAAGGACACGAGGCCAGCAGGAGGAGGAAGGGGCAAGGACACGAGGCCAGCAGGAGGAAGAGAGGCCAAGGACAAGAGGCCAGCAGGGAGGAAGAGGGCCAAGGACACGAGGCCAGCAGGAGGAAGAGAGGCCAAGGACACGAGGCCAGCUAA